AUGGCGGGUACCGCGCGGGGGUGGCCUUGGUGGCCGCUGGCAGCGCUGGCUCCCUGGCUGCCCGCCGCCGGGGCCGGACAGGCGCCGCGGCCUGCCGAGCGGGGACCCCCAGUGCGGCUCUUCACGGCGGAGGAGCUGGCUCAAUACUUGGCAGUGAAGGGAGUGGUGUUUGAUGUCACUUUUGGAAGAGAGUUUUACGGGCGAGGAGCCCCCUACAAUGCCUUGACUGGCAAGGACUCCCCCAAAGGUGUGGCCAAAAUGUCCCUGGAUCCAGCAGACCUCACCCAUGAUACCACCGGGCGUUCAGCCAAGGAGCUGGAAUCCCUGGAUGAUGUCUUUACCAAUGUGUACAAAACCAAAUACCCCAUCGUUGGCUACACGGCCCAGAGAAUUCUCAGAGAGGACAGCAGCCCCAACCUGGACUUCAAGCCUGAAGACCAGCCCCAUUUUGACAUAAAGGACGAGUUCUGAUGGUCCAUCUGCAAUGGGAGACUUGUGAAAAGGUGAGGCAGGGGCACAGACACUAAGUCUCCUGCCAGAUAGGCUUUUAGAAGCCUCUUGGUCACCCAGAUCUGAAUAAAGCCUACAUUAAAUCUGGA